GUGACCUUCCUGCUUUGUCCCCGCACCGCCCGCGAGAGUCUAACCGCCGCGCCACCGUCUCCGUCAGCGCCGCCGCAGCAGCAUCGUGCUUAUAUCAACCAGUGCUCCCAAGCCCCACGCUUUCUUUUCUUCCAUACGACCAGCACGUGUGUGUCGUGUGUGUGUGUGUGUGUGUGGCGUCGAGAGCUGACAGCUCCGUUGGGACGAGGGCCAAGUACGCGUCUUGUGCCGACGAUAUACCUGGGCAGCUGCAGAACGUGCGACACAUCUACACCCAUCCAAGCUACUCUCUAAUAAGUGGUUCGAGUUUGAGAAUUACGUCAAGCAACUAUAUGCGAUUCUUGGCUGUGGAAACAUGAUGUCGCCGACCACUACCAGGAGAAGAAGACUGUUGUGCAUCUACAGCGUCUCGUGCUGAACGGUGGACCCGAGGUUCCCGCAUUCUUCGUUCCCGGAGGGUACAGAAUCCUCCUUGGAAGUGCUGUGCGCGAGGAAGAGGACAGUUUCUCCUCUGAAGCAAAACGUGAGCGUUCUUGUGCGUGCGGAGUGCAGGAACGCGCGCUGUCGAACAGUGUUUUAAUGUCUCCGACACUGGACAGCUCGCGAAGCGCCGUUUCUUUCAGUCCUGGUCACUCGUUCUUCAGAGAUCGCCGCUAAGAACAUCGAUUGUGUCCAGCCAUAGCAGGAAGAUGCUGUGUGCGUCAUUUCUCUACGGAAAGUUUACAACGGCACAUUCAUGUCAUACGAGUGCUACUCGAAAGUGAACAAACCGCGUGGGAGAGAGCGGAACUGACUGCGGAACACUUCGCCGUGAACUUCCAGGCGAGAGACCGCAGUGCCUGAACAAAUAUUUAAUCUUCAGUUUUUCUCAGUGUUCGCAAGCUGUUGGCGUUUGAAAUAAGCGUGGUAUUUAUUUUUAGUCGGGUAACCGUCCAUCGUCAAGUGAAGAAAGAUUCCGUCAACGAACAAGGCGACCGGCCGACGAGCUGAAACCACCAACUCGUGCGAUCUCCGUGAAACACGAGAGCCCGGGAGAUAAGGGUGCCGACGCGCAGUCCCCGCUACUUUCGUAACGAAGUGCUUGGCCUUAUAGCACCAGCUCUUGGUGGACUAAGGAACUGAGCAUUGCGGCUGGCAACUCAGCUUGCCUCAAAGUGGCUCGUCAACUGUGGCCUUGUGACUGUGGUCGUUGGACAUUGUCAACGAUGGAGUUAUCCAGCAGCCGAGGCCUGUGUUGGAUCUUUUGGAUAUGCAUGGUCAUCUGUGUGCCAGGAACGCACAGCUGUAUUGUCACGGCACCCAAUGUUGUGCGGCUAGGUGCCGAGGAAACUGCAGUGGUCUUCAACCGGGGAUCACCGCGGGACGUCACGUUAAUCCUCCAGGAUCAUCCUGCGCGAAUACACACCCUUUUCCGAGACACCAUCAGCCUCGGCACAGGGGAGUCCCGCCUAGUGCGCAUGCCGAUCGACCCGCACAAACUGAGCGCCGACGAGAUUCGAUCGGGCCAGCGACGCUACGUGUCUCUGGUGGUCGAGUGCUACGGGCUGUACAAGAAGGAGGCCCGGCUACUCAUCAGCGACAAGAGCGGCUAUCUGCUUCUGCAGAGCGACAAGCCCAUCUACACACCCAAGCAGACCGUUAAUUUGCGAAUGGUUGCUGUCGGCGAAGACCUUGUGCCCUCCAUCGGGGAUCUGAAGCUGGAGAUCAAGAACCCGCAGAACAUCGUCACGUACCAGACGGUGCUUAGUGCGAAGGACAACGCCUCGGCGACGGGGAUGUUCAGCCAUUCGUACACUUUCCCGGAAUCGCCCAUCCUCGGCCAGUGGAAGGCCGUCGUCACGUACGGAUCAUACUUCACGCAAGAAACCGAGAUAGCUUUCGAGCUUCAAGAAUAUGUGUUGCCCACAUUCUCGGUCACGCUUACCGUUCCCAGCGUCAUCCUCACGGAGCAAGACUACGUGGAGGGAAAAGUUGAGGCCAAAUACGUCUACGGAAAGCCAGUUGAAGGCUCGGCAACUUUCCGUUUCAAGGUCAGAAACGAAGGCGGCAAAGACCGGGAAAUUGGCUCAACAAACUUCAAGGAGCUAGUUCGUGGCGAAGCGACCUUCCGCAUAGCGACCGAGGAGCUCAAGAUGCCUCGGCGCAAACGGUGGAGUCCUCUCGUGCACGGCAACCGGCUCGUCGUGGAAGCCGACGUGCUCGACAAGGCGACCAGCAAGCGCGUCACGGCCGUGGACGACUCUGCCGUGUUUGCGGCCUCACCGUACCUCGUAGGCUUCCGGCACACUCCCAAGGACUUCAAGCCGGGCACCAUGACGGUCAUUGUGGCUGACGUGAAAACCCUGAACGGCAAGCCCGCUGUUGGGAUCCCCUGUGCCAUCACCGUUCUGGACGACCAGGAACUCGAUGUUCCCGUUCAGCCGACCGAGUCCAUCACAGAUGCCUCGGGAAGGGCCGCCUUGGUGCAGACUGAACGACACCACUCUACGAUUAAAGCCAAGGUUCAGACACGGGACUCGCAAUACAGGCCUCACCAGCAGUCGGAAGGAAACAUUGCCGUUGAGGCGUUCAAUUCACCCACGCACGCUUUCGUGGCGUUGAAGCGGAUUGACACACGGAAAUCGUUCAAGGUUGGCGAGUACUUCGAUAGUCACGUGACAGUCGAGCCGGCGGACAUCUCACCAGUUUAUUAUCUCGUAACGCACCGCGGCCAGACGAAGCAGCACGGCAUUCUGGAAGGCGGCAGCUCGCGGACGCAUCGAUCCGUGAACUUCGCAGUGACAAGGGACAUGAGCCCCACCAUUCGCGUGCUCGUGUACGCCUUCCACCGGGGCCACCUGCUCGCCGACUCGCUCACGGUCCAGGUCGAGGAAGUUUGCUCGGAGUCGUCCACCAUAACCAUUGCUCCCGACUUCAACAACGACCAGCCGGGCAGUAACGGCUCUUUGAAGAUCCUGGGAAAAAGCGGGACACGGGUCGGUAUUCUUGGCGUGGACAAGGCCGUAUACAUCCUCAACAACAAGGGUCUGCUCACGCGGGAGAAGCUCUUCUCGACUCUGAAGUCGCACGAGCUUGGGUGUGGGCCUGGAGGCGGGCUAUCGUCCGAGGAAGUCAUCUCUAACUUUGGCGCUGUCAUUAUAUCCGAGGAAGGCACUGAGAACGUCGUCAGGACAGAAGGCAGCUGCGAAGCUCGGGUUCGUCACCGUAGGAGCGUCCACCAGAGAGCGCAGCGCAAGUACAGCCGGGACCCUUUCCUGAAGGAGUGUUGCUCGCUAGGCCUGAAGCGUGACAGGGUGGGUCGUCGGUGCCGUACGCGGGCUCACAUUGUACGGCGCUACAUCGAGGGAACCAAGGGUGAGCAGUGUGCCCAGGCCUUCGAGGACUGCUGCCUGAGCGCCACCAGCAGGCCGACUGGUGCCGCAAGCACGGACUUCGAGCCACCGUUCAGCUUCCCAGACCCCGACCUGGAUGACCCCGACAGGACGCGGUCGGGCGUCGAGUUCACCGUGGACGAGACCUACGACGAAGUGGAUGGCGACGAAUCUCCCGAAACAUUGAUACGCAGGGACUUCCGGGAGACUUGGCUGUUCGACGAGCAGGUUAUAGGGCCGGACGGCGUGGCUGAUUUCGCGGUCAGCCUACCGCAUAGCAUCACCACGUGGUCGGUUCAGGCGGUCAGCGUCUCCCCGGCCGGGGGCGUGUGCGUGCCGAAGGCCCAGGAGGUGCGCGUCUUCCAGCCCAUCUUCCUACAGGUGGCACUGCCGUACAAGGUGGUUCGCAACGAGCAGAUCGAGGUGCUCGUCACUGUCUACAAUUACGGCGCCGAAUCGCUGAGGGGCAACGUCUACAUCUACGGCGUGGAAGGUCUCUGCACGGGGGCACUGCCGGGAGAGCGCUCGGAGCGCCGGCCCGUGGUGGUGGAAGCCAACUCUGCAUCCAGCGUCACCUUCCCUGUCGUGCCGCUCAAGGAAGGGCUGUUCACCAUCAAGAUCUACGUGAAAAGUUCGAGGGGCGAAGAUGUCGUCGAGAAGGAGCUGAACGUUGUGCCAGAAGGGGUGACGGUGGAGAAAAGCGUCUCCGUGCCAAUUGACCCGGCGAACGUUCGCAGAAGGAGAACUCGGAGCGUCCGUGGCGAGCUUUACCAAGAUUCCCUGGACCCUGGCGCAAACCUGCAAGUUAUCUCUGUGAACACGCGGUUGCCUCCGGACGCUAUCCCGGAUACGAAGACCUGUUCACUGUCUGUCAUAGGAAAUCAGAUCGGACCGUCUGUUCAGACAACGCUUCAGGACAUCGAGACUCUCAUCACGAUGCCCACGGGAUGCGGCGAGCAGAAUAUGAUGCUCAUGGCGCCGACGCUGUACGCCCUUGAGUACCUGAAACAGAACAACAUGGUCGACGAACCGCUGGAAGAGAAGGGCUACCGCUACAUCCGAGAAGGUUACCAGCGCGAACUUUCGUUCCGCAAGAAGGAUGGAUCGUUUUCUGCUUUCACGCACAGGAAAAGCAGCGUCUGGUUAACCGCCUUCGUCAUGCGCAUCUUCUGCAAGGCGAGGCGGUACGCCAGCAUCGAUCCCACCGUCAUCGAGAGCGGCAUGCUGUGGCUGGCGGCGGCCCAGAAGUUAGACGGCAGCUUCGUUGAGCAGAAGCCCAUCAUGCACAAAGUCAUGCUGGGUGGCGUUCGCGGUUCCGUGCCCAUGACGGCGUUUGUGUUGCUCACUUUCUUCGAGUGCAUGCGCCCUCCCAGCGGUGUAGCACAUGACAAGCACGACGUCUUCUCGUCCAAUUCCAAAACGAUACGGCGUCGUUCAAUUUCAAACGGCACAAGCGACCUAUCCACCGUGGAUGACCUCCCUGGACUACCAACUAUGUCUGCAGUGGAAGGAGCGCCGGACUUUGACAUGAGCGAUGAUAAUUUAUGGCCCGACUGGAUGGAUGCUGUCGAAGACGACUCGUCCGACCCCGUGUUUGACGAGACGGGUGACGAGUCUCAAGCUUAUUUCCAGAUACUGGCGCGUACCGUGGAGCUGGCCGUCAAGUACCUCCGGGAGAACGCGUUUGACAACGAUGAGCCCUACGUGGCGGCCGUCGUGGCGUACGCGCUCAGCCAGGCCAACGAUACAGAGAAGCACGCCGCACUGUCGGCGCUCAAGGACAGGCUCAUCUACGAUCCCAUGUUGAGCACGAGGAGCACGGGCACCGAGGCGAGCCCGCUCGUCGUGGAAGGCACCAGCUACGCGCUGCUGGCCAUGCUCGCCCACAACGAGGUCGAGACGGCCAAGACCAUAGUUAACUGGCUCAACACGCACCGUUCGGCGUCCGGGUCGUUCGCCUCGACGCAGGACACCGUAGUUGCACUUCAGGCUUUGACGGAAUUCUCACUGAAGUCCCGUGAACCGAAUGUCGACCUCACAUGCAAUGUUACGCUUAGCAGCCAGCGAAACUUCCAGAGAAGUCUCCGGCUCAAGCGUGACAACGCUGCCAUACUCCAACAGCUCGACAUUCGUGACGUCACGGGAAAGAUGUUCGUGAAAGCUAGCGGCAUCGGCAGCGGGCUGCUUUCCGUCAAGCUGAAGUACAACGUGCUCGUGCCACCCGAGUUACUGUGCAAGUUCAACAUAACGGUGCACGCUGACAUCCACAAGUCAAGGGAGAGCAGCGCCAAGACGAUUGAUUUUCCACCAGAUUUGAUCAACGAUUUGCUCGGCGGCGAUAGGAGGCGCCGCUCAAUCUCGUCUUGGUUCCAAGGUUGGAGGAGGAAACCGGCUACGCCGUCUCCGUAUCAUCUCGAGCCGCAGCCAGUCAGGUCUUCAUAUCUCUCCGACUCUCGAAGUAGAGACUCCCCAGCGAGCCCCUUCUUUCCUGAAGAGACCGGCGGAUUCUUAGGUGGAAACAGCGAUACCGCAGCCCACUCCGUGGAUGGACCACCGCAAAGCAAGCUUACGUACGACAUAGAAGUUUGCUCACGCUAUAUCGGCGGAGAGGAUUCCAACAUGGCGGUAAUAGAAGUGGGCCUCUUCAGCGGAUUCGAGCCGAUCGAAAAAGAUCUGGAAACGGCCAGGAAUGAAAACCCCCUUUUCGCAAAGUACGAAAUGACAGAGAAAAACGUCAUACUCUACUUUGACAAGAUCCCGUGGGAAUCGCCGACGUGCGUCAAAUUCCGAAUAGAGCGACAGCAUGUCGUCUACAACGUUCAGUCGGCGGUUGUCAAAGUCUACGACUACUACAACCCAAUGCAUUCCUGCACCCAAUUCUACGGCCCCGGUUUGACAAGCCCCCUGCUAAAGCUCGUCUGCGAAGGGAACCAGUGCGAGUGUGCCGCAGCCCAAUGCCCGAGAAAAGAGCCCUUCCUGGACGUCGAAAGGGCCGGGACUACAUUGAAGAAGCGAGAGAAGUUGCGAGAACUCGUCUGCCAGCAACACGAUUUUGCUUGGAUUGGAAGAGUGUUCUCGAGCACUGUCACCAAUGGCUACAGGCACAUCACCUUCCGCGUGGACACGGUGAUCAAGGAAGGUGCGGAGAACAGCGCGUCCGCCAUGACGGGCACCAAGCUGUUCGUGGCGAGAGAGCUGUGCACCUCGGCCGACCUCAUCAAGGGAGCACGCUACUUCGUGUUCGGCCGAGACAGCGAGCCCUUCGAGAAGGACGGCGAAAUAGUCAUGAAGUACACCUUGGACAAGGAUGUGCGUGUCUUCAACACCGACGACCGGUCGUCGUCAACGAGAGGAAGAAAAAUGUACUCCGUCCUCCAGUGGCUCACGUCGGGAUUUGAGAGACAAGGGGGCUGUCAUGCAUAGCCAAUCCGUGUCUUUGGACCACGUGAUUUACUGCCGCCUACCUAGGACGACGAUUUGGCGAUAGUACUCAUGCAACUACUGUACAAACCUUCUCGGAAGUAUCAUGGUGGUCAACUAUGUCCUUAAGAAGCAUCGCAAUUGUUUGUGAAUACUCAGUGUCCUUUUUGUGUCACAGCGAGAUAUGCGAAGUCAUUUCAGAGCCUUCCUACUUAAUGCGCGAUACUUAAGCAUGGUAAGACGCGGCAUGCGAUACGAUGGGCUACCUUUCAAGAGACUGCUGCUCCGACUUUUGGAACUCGUUGAAGAGGUGCUGUUUGCGGUUAUCAGUAUAAGUAGUUGUGCGACAGAUUGUUCGAAGAAUCGUACCGUGUUUCAACCGAAUGUUUGCCAAUAUAGAUAAAGUAACAGGUGAAACGUGGAGACAAUUCUGCAAAAAUUACGGAAGAACAAAAAAGGGAAGAGAACAUACUAAUGAAACCAACUAACUUGCAUGCUCCAGCUGAUUUCAUUAACUGAUGUGGCCGAUAUGGAACAUCAGGCAGACAAUCCAUAAAACAAGACCACUUGACAGGUCUUGUCUAAUAGAGGCUUUAAUCUGUACUGUGGAAUGCUCAUAAGGUGGCCUUUCUUACUAACACACCGUGAUGUACUAUAUGUGUGAUGAAUGUCACGCUCAAAAAUGCACGCAAUUUGCAUUCUAGGGUAAUUAGCUUACAUAUUUCAGUUGCUGCAGUAAACAAAUAUCGCUGAGAUUACACAUUUGUAGAUAUGGGAAAAAAUCUAGUUGAAAGGCUUUCAGAUUCGAUCGUAAACGCACUGAUGGAAUUUCCUUUGUCUUUAUAACUUUCACAAAACAGUGACCGUUGUGCCAACACAAUGCAUUGGUAGAAGUCUUACACGUCUGUUACACAUGUGCGAUGAAAUCUUGUGGGUCGCAGCUUCUAUUACGGCAAUUUACUAUGCCAAAAGUUUGUUUAAUUGAAAUAACAUGCACCUGACUAAAUACUCUUAGCAGAAGUAUUUCAGAAUUUUAGCAUACAUUCAACAGUACUUAACUGCGCACUUGAAACUGGUAUCUGUUCUUGUUGAAAUGACUUCAUUUGCACUUAAAUUGCUGUUACUAAGAAUUAUGACUGUCUGUAACGCAGUGGUCCAGAAUAACUGAAUGAUACAGGCGGGGAAAAAAUCAAUGCUACACUGCACACUAAUAUAAAACAUAAUAAGCAUUCACAUGAUCACCGUGCCAUGCUUGUCAAAUGUGAUUUGGACAGUUGAAUAUGCAAUAGCUUUAUAAAAAUGUGAAUGCUGAUUUAAUUUAAGCAUUGCAGUAUUAUACCAAAAGCAGGAAACGGUUUUUCAACCUUCCACAAACGCGAAUCACAGAGCAUGUAUGAAAUGACAUUUUCUGUAGAGAGCAGGUCGGAAGAAAUGCUGCCAUACGUCAGUUAAAACUGAUCAUUGCGCCAGAUGCAACUGUGGGUAAUAGGUGAAACUGUCGCUUGCCAGUCACGAUAUAUUCACAAGUUCAUCCGAAUUUUUGGCGAUACUGAAGUGUCCAUACUGGUGGGGCCAAUGCUGUGCUUUCACGAUAUCGUAUAGAUUGCGGAGUUACUUAAUGAAGUGGCUGUCACGGCGUAGCCAAUAUAAGGAAGUGCUUUCAGGUCAAGAUGCUGGUCACAUAGUCAGCGAAGUGCAGCUACAUCAUCAAAUGAAAGUAUGUACGUCUGUGCUUUGCCAGAAAAUAUAUAUUUUCUUCUUUUUUUUUGGCCACUGUACAAAUGAAGACAUAAUAAAUAUGAAAUUGUAAGUUAUGAUGGA